AUGAUGCACAGUAAUAGGUGCAAUGGCGGUUCUCAUGGAAACAUGGCUGGGCCAUGUUCAUGUGGCAUGUUCCACACUCAUCAAGCCAAUUUCUUCUCCAUGCUCUUCUCUAUGCCUAACCAUCACAAUAAACCCUUUGAUGAAACUGCUAAAAUGUAUUCCUUCGCAUCAUCUCCACCGUCUUCCUCUGUUGAUUGCACUCUUUCCUUGGGCACUCCUUCUACUCAUCUAACCAAUAAUGACAUCGAAAAAAGACGCUCUUCUUACAUGUCUAACUUCUGUUGGGAUAUUUUACAGGCCAAACAUUCGUCCCACAAAAGUAGCCGGGCAAACAGUCACACCAACUCCAGUUAUGGUGGGUACUGCUUCAACGGAAAAUGUUCAUAUAUCGUUCUUGAAGGAGGGUGGGACAAGUUCUUCAGCACCGGUAUCUGA